GACCAAUCCUAGUUCCUUUAUUCAGAUGUGGUUCUCUUGGUAUCGUGUGAUUUCUCCUGUGCUUCAAUUAAAUACAUAUAUCGUAUAAGUUACACGGUCUCUAAGGUAUGGAGGAAUAUGCAAGAGAGCCAUGUCCCUGGCGGAUUGUAGAUGACUGUGGAGGUGCCUUCACUAUGGGUGUCAUAGGUGGCACAAUCUUUCAAAGUAUCAAAGGUUUUCGUAAUGCUCCUAGUGGAUGGUCACAACGUUUUCACAGCAGUGUUGUAGCAGUCAGGCAGCGAGCACCUAUUAUUGCUGGAAAUUUUGCUGUAUGGGGUGGAAUGUUUUCCACAAUUGACUGCACAUUAGUACACUUGAGACAAAAAGAAGAUCCUUGGAAUUCUAUUAUCAGUGGAGCAGCAACAGGUGGAAUUUUAGCAGCAAGAAACGGUCUGCCUGCAAUGGCAGGCAGUGCAAUAAUUGGCGGAGUGUUACUGGCUUUGAUAGAGGGUAUAGGUAUUUUCAUCACACGUCUUUCUGCUGAACAAUUUAAACCACCAGCACUGGAUGAUCCAUCGCAUCUUGCUCAAUCACCACAAGGCUAUCCAUCAUAAUAUUGAUGGACUAUAUUGUUUAGAUUUUUUUGAAAUUAGAAUAAAAUUUCCAAUGUUAGACAAGC